AUGCAGCUUGUUCCGAAAGAGCUUGACAAGCUCACUAUAACACACCUCGGGUUCCUGGCACAGCGUCGCCUUGCCAGGGGUGUUCGGUUGAAUCAUGCAGAGGCGGUGGCCUUGAUCUCUUCAGUUCUACAAGAGCUUAUCCGUGAUGGCCAAUUCUCCGUCGCCGAUUUGAUGUCUAUUGGUAAGACUAUGCUCGGCCGUCGUCAUGUCUUACCCUCUGUCGUUGCAACCCUGGUCGAAUUACAGGUGGAAGGUACCUUCCUGAGUGGAACCUACCUGGUGACAGUGCACCAUCCCAUCAGUAGUGAUGAAGGAGAUCUUGAGCGUGCGCUAUAUGGUAGCUUCCUGCCCGUUCCCCAACGCGAAGCCUUUCCCGAUCCGGAUCCAGAGGACUUUGUGCCUGAGAAGAUGCCCGGUGCUGUGAUUCCGGCGAAGCAUGCUCGAAUCUCAUUGAAUGACGGACGCAAGCGUAUUCGUCUGAAGGUUAUGAGCAAAGGUGACCGACCAGUACAGGUGGGAUCUCACUACCAUUUCAUUGAAACCAAUCCGCAGUUACACUUUGAUCGAGUCCAGGCCUAUGGCUUCCGGCUAGAUAUCCCCGCUGGCACAUCCAUUCGUUUCGAGCCUGGUGAUACCAAGACUGUCACAUUGGUGGAGAUUGCUGGGAAUCGCGUUAUCCGUGGCGGCAACAAUUUGGCUCAUGGGCCGAUUGACCUCAGCCGUACAGAGGAGAUUGUGACUCGUCUGCAGACAGCAGGGUUUGCGCAUGUCCCAGAACCAACUGCAGAUAGCGCAUUGCUUUCCGGCUUUUCGAUGGACAGAGAAGCCUACUUACGCAUGUUCGGCCCGACUACAGGCGAUUUGGUGCGCCUUGGUCUGACCGACCUGUGGGUGAAAGUGGAGAAGGACCUGACUAGCUACGGCGAUGAGUGUACUUUCGGUGGUGGCAAGAGUAUUCGUGAUGGUAUGGGUCAGGCUUCAGGACGUUCAGCCGCCGAGUGUGCCGAUACUGUCAUCAUAAACGCAUUGAUAAUCGACUGGACGGGUAUCUACAAGGCCGAUAUUGGUAUCAAAGACGGCCUCAUUUGCGGAAUCGGCAAAGCCGGAAACCCCGAUGUCAUGAACGGCGUACACCCUGAUUUGGUGAUUGGCUCAUCUACAGACGUGAUUGCUGCCGAGAAUAAGAUUGUCACCGCCGGUGGUUUCGACAGCCACAUCCACUUGAUCUGCCCGCAACAGGUGGACGAAGCCCUGGCCUCAGGUAUUACUACAUUCCUUGGUGGUGGUACUGGUCCUAGCACUGGAUCUAACGCGACCACUUGCACACCGGGACCUCUUCACUUACGCCAGAUGAUGCAAGCGUGUGACAGCCUACCGAUCAAUAUUGGAAUCACUGGUAAAGGCAAUGAUUGCGGACGCCAGAGCCUCGUAGAGCAGGCCAAGGCCGGUGCGGUUGGUCUGAAGCUGCACGAAGAUUGGGGCUCUACACCCGCCGCAAUUGACAACUGCCUGGAUAUCUGUGACGAGUAUGACAUCCAGUGCUUGAUCCAUACCGACACAUUGAACGAGUCUGGAUUCGUCGAGCAGACCAUCGGCGCAUUCAAAGGCCGCACCAUCCACACGUACCACACCGAAGGCGCAGGUGGUGGUCACGCACCAGACAUCAUCUCGGUUGUGGAACAUCCCAACGUGCUCCCCAGCAGCACGAACCCGACCCGACCAUUCACGCUAAACACCCUAGACGAGCAUCUCGACAUGUUGAUGGUAUGCCACCACCUGUCAAAGAACAUUCCCGAAGAUGUCGCCUUUGCCGAGAGCCGUAUUCGAGCGGAGACCAUCGCUGCUGAAGACGUGCUGCACGAUCUUGGUGCUAUCAGCAUGAUGUCCUCAGACUCGCAGGCCAUGGGUCGCUGCGGAGAAGUUAUCCUGCGCACUUGGCACACCGCGCACAAGAACAAGAUGCAGCGUGGUCCCCUGCCCCAGGAUGUGGGCACCGAUAAUGAUAAUUUCAGAGUCAAGCGCUAUAUCAGCAAGUACACCAUCAACCCGGCGGUAGCUCAGGGCAUGGCACACCUGCUCGGUAGUGUGGAGGUUGGCAAGAUCGCAGAUCUUGUCCUCUGGAAGCCUAGCGCAUUCGGCACGAAGCCACUACAAGUCUUAAAGAGCGGCAUGAUAGCCGUUGCAAACAUGGGUGAUGCCAACGCCUCAAUCCCAACAAUCGAGCCAAUGAUCAUGCGACCUAUGUUCGGCGUCCGUGUACCGAAAACAUCAAUCAUGUUUGUCUCGCAAGCCUCCAUAGAUGAAGGCAUCGUCCAUACAUACGGUCUACAAAAACGCAUCGAAGCAGUAAAGAACUGCCGCAAUAUCGGAAAGAAGGAUAUGAAGUUCAACGACACAAUGCCGAAGAUGAAAGUUGAUCCAGAAAGCUAUACUGUCGAGGCUGAUGGCAUGCUGUGUGAUGCUGAGCCUGCAACCGAGUUACCUCUCACACAAGCGUAUUAUAUCUUUUAG